CGCCGCGGGGCGGUGUGGCUGCGGCUGCGGCGCGCCCAUGUAAGCGCCGGUCCCGGCUGACCGCCCGCGGCGCGGAAGGCUGCGCACCCUCCGGCCGAGCGCCCCGGCAGCGACGGCGGCGCAGGGAGCAGGCGGAGGCCGUCGGGGCAGCGCUGGAGUGAACGGGGACGGCAUGGUGUCCUGGCGGCGGAGGCCGGGACCCGGCCUGGCGCGGCUGUGGUGCCUGUGCUGUCUGGUGCUGGGCUGCUGGCGGGGUGCGCUGGGCUGUCCCGCGUCCUGCCGCUGCAGCUCCUGGCGGAUCUGGUGCACGGAGCCGUCGCCGGGCAUCGCCUCCUUCCCCGUGCCGCAGCGGAGCGCCGAGGGCGACAACGUUACCGAGAUUUACAUCGCAAACCAACAAAAAUUAGAAAGUAUCAAUGACAAUGAGGUUGGAUACUAUGUUGGACUUAAAAAUCUGACUGUGGUGGAUUCAGGCUUAAGAUUUGUGUCCCGUCAGGCAUUUGUGAAAAAUGUGAACCUACAAUACAUCAAUUUAUCCAGAAACAACCUCUCAAGUUUGUCCAAGAAGCCUUUUCGCCAUCUGGGUUUGUCUGAUCUGAUAUUGGUGGACAAUCCAUUCAAGUGUUCCUGUGAAAUCAUGUGGAUCAAGAAAUUUCAAGAGACCAAGUUCUACACAGAAACUCAGGAUUUAUAUUGCAUAGAUGACAACAACAAGAAGACAGCCUUGCUGGAUAUGAAGGUCCCAAACUGCGACUUGCCCUCAGCAAACUUAAGCAAUUAUAACAUCACCGUGGUGGAAGGAAAGAGCAUCACGUUGUACUGUGAUACUACUGGAGGACCACCUCCAAAUGUGUCCUGGGUGGUAACUAAUCUUGUUUCAAACCAUGAGAGUGACACAAAUAAGAACCCUGCCUCACUAACCAUAAAGAAUGUUUCAUCCAUGGAUAGUGGACUGUGGAUUUCCUGCGUAGCAGAGAACAUUGUGGGAGAGGACCAAGCCUCUGCCGAGCUCACGGUAUUCUUUGCACCAAAUAUCACGUUUAUUGAAUCUCCAACCCCGGACCACCACUGGUGUAUUCCAUUCACUGUGAAAGGGAACCCUAAGCCCACACUGCAGUGGUUCUAUGAAGGAGCUGUACUGAAUGAGUCUGAAUACAUCUGUACUAAAAUACAUGUUAUCAAUCAAAGUGAAUACCAUGGCUGCCUUCAGCUGGACAAUCCUACACACCUGAAUAAUGGUGCUUAUACCUUACUGGCAAAGAAUGAUUAUGGAGAGGAUGAAAAACGGGUUGAUGCUCAUUUCAUGUCAGUGCCUGGAGAUGGUAGUGGCCCAAUUUUGGAUCCAGACGUUUAUGAGUAUGAAACCACACCUAAUGAUCUUGGAGAUGCCACAAAUAACAGUAAUCAAAUCACUUCUACGGAUGUUUCCAACAAAGAGAAUGAAGAUAGCAUCACUGUAUAUGUUGUAGUGGGAAUUGCAGCAUUGGUGUGCACUGGCUUAGUAAUAACACUCAUUAUUCUGAAGUUUGGAAGACACUCCAAGUUUGGAAUGAAAGUUCAUGGUGAAGUAAAAGGAGUUGGUCUGGUAGAUCAAAUAUGGCUUUCAUUGCAAGACUGCGACAAUGAAGAACAAGUAAUGGUGACUGUCAACAGUGAUGUACAUAAUAACUCAACUGCAUCAGAUAACAACAGACUGGGUUUUGUUUUAUUUCAUAAGAUCCCACUGGAUGGGUAAAUGAAAUAAGGAAAAGAUGAGAGAGGGGCUGUUGAGCUUGUGGAAUCUGUAUGCUGAACAGUAGGGAGUGGACAGUGUUCUUACCCAGUGAAGUGUCACCUCCCUUGGUGUACAUUCAAAUCAGUAGCUGUUUUUGCAAGAGCGGGGCAAAGCCAAGCCCUGAGGCAGCUAAAAAACUCAAGAAAGUCCAGAAAUAAGCUACCACACCCUUUCAUAUUGCCUUGUCCUCACUGUAUCUUCCAAAAUGACAUUGAGAUGAAAUGACAUUAUUGUGUUUCCUCUGUCAACUAUUUUUUUCUGUUUGAACUUAACUGGAAAGAUGUUGGGUUUAUAAAUAAUAUUUAUCAAGGGUGAACUGCAAAGCUGCUUUUGUUUUAUUGCAUUAAUGCUUCUGCAAAACUUCUACGUUACUUGAGUGUGUGUGUAAGGCUCACUGAUUUCAGUAGCAAUGCUCACAUUCUUUAAAGUUAAGUUCUUGUAGAUAUGCAGGAUAUGGUCUUAUAUCAUGAAGCAGUAAAUUGCAGAGCUGGCCCUGCAAAUCUUAUUAUGAAUGUAGGUCCACUGACUUUACCAGGGAGAUGGAGAGUCUAAAAUGUGUACGGAAAGGUGGCAGUACUGUUUGUGAGUGUGUUUGGGUAUUGAAGCGGCCCCACCACUUAGACAUUCAGUUAGGUCAUGCUUAUUCAAGAUAGUCCAUAAGUUAAGGUUGGAUAUUAGAAAGAAAUUCUUUACAGAGAGAGUGAUCAGGCAUUGGAAUGGCCUGCCCAGAGAGGUGGUGGAUUCACCGUCCCUGGAGGUUUUUAAGAUGAGGCUGGAUGUGGCACUGAGAGUGCCAUGAUCUAGUAAUCACAGUGGGGUUGGAUCAAGGGUUGGACUUGAUGAUCUCGAAGGUCUCUUCCAACCCAGUUAAUUCUAUGAUUCUAUGAUUUAGAUAAACAUACAAAUUUGUAGUAAGACAGAAUGCUGAUUCUGAGCCAAGAACAAGAAUAACAACAGUAUGUGGCUGUUCCUUCAGACUGUAGACUUAAAGGCUUGUUUAACUGUUCAUAUUUAACUGUGAAGUAUGCUUCAGAAUAUGCUUCAGUAUAUUUCAGGGAAGAGAUAACUUUAACACAUACAGCUAAGUGAAGGCAUGUGCAUAUUGCAAGAGCAAGUAUGGCAUUUAGAUACAGUUAAAUUAAUUUUCAUUCUAUUUACCUGAGUUUCUGCUUUGAUCUUUUCAGUUUAAGGAAUUCUAGGAAAUACGAAGUUUCUGGUUUGGUUGUUUGGUUUUGUUUUUAACUGAGAGCUACAAAGACUAGCAGCAAAAAACCGUGAUGUUUCUGUCCAUUUUGAUUACAUUUUUGAGAUGUGUAAUAAAAAAGCAGAGUAGAUGUCUCUCCAGUAUUUGCUUUUCAUUGUUACUGCUUUUUAAUUUCAGCCAUUUUCGCUCUUCCAUUGUAACACCAUUGUCUUUUACCGCAGUCUUUUACAGCCAUACACCAUACUUCUCUUGCUACAAUACUGUCUUGACUCUUUUGUACUAUCUCUAUAAACUUUCUUGCUUUUUGCCUUUUAAGAUUCUUAGUCCUUCAAUUUUUUGCUUGUGUUCUCUUGAGUCUCUUGCAUCCGAGUUCUUUAUUCCUCCUGUGCUCAAGUUUUGGAAAUAGCCUUUCUAGUCAAGAAAUAUGUCCACAUUUGCAUUCUUCUAAGCCUGUGUGGUGAGGUAUUUCCUCUGUCUUGCCACUGGUUAGGCAUGGGGAGCUGUAGUUGCUAAAAAUCUGUCCCAAAGAUGUGUUCUCCUCCCCACGCUAAAAUGAGGACAGAGCUGGAAGUCUACUGAUGACCUAGGAAUCGUGUUGUCUUUGUCGCCCUGCACAUACUGUGGUGAUCUGGGGAGGGAUGGCAGCAAUUAAGGAUAUCCAUCAUAGUUCUGUUUGAAGUUGGAUGACAACAAGUGCUCUGCUGUUCUUCAAAAACAGUAUUAGGAAUGUUUGACUUUUUUUCCUCCCUAAGUCUGUGUAGACAUAGUCUUAUUUUUCAGAGAUCAUAACUUUCUCUUCUGAUUACUGAUUCACUUUUAAUUUCCUUUUAAUUAUUUUCUUCUCAGACUUCUUGCUUAACCAUGCAUCUGUCUUCCUGUUGAAAUAUCUGAUGUCAUUGAGCUGAUGCUGAAUGAGUGGAGAAUCAUUUAGCAGCAAGAUCUGAACUAAAGUCAGUGGACUUACAUCAGACAUAUGUUGGAUUGUGAGCAGUGCUUGACCAGUAUCUGAAAUUCCAAUUUGAGGUUUUGCUGGUACAAAGUCAGCAUAUCUCAGUUAUGUGCUCACAAUUUAUUUCCAAAUAAAUGAGGUGAGAAUCUGAACCCUUUGCUUUUGGCAGGGAAAAUGAAAACUCAAAGAGCUGGAAUUUGGCAGUUGAUUUUUGAAAUAUUUAACUUUAAAAGGUAGUUCUUUCUAAUUAAUAAUAUUUAUAUGCAUAAAUAUGCACAGUUAUUGAUUGGGGAUUUUACGGUUUUUUUUGUAAUUUAUUUUGUAGCACUUUGCAGUUCAUCUUUGCCAUACAGGGGUAGAUUUGACCUUCAAAUGUUUCAGUAUGUACUGACACAGUAUUUUGGAUUUUAUGUAAUCAUGGAGGUAACUUCAAUAAACAACAACUGAUUUAUGCAUCACUGAUAUAUAUAUAUAUAUAUUUAUAUCUAUAUUGUAGAAUAUCCUUCUUACAUGUUUUGUACUACAUUAUGUUAGCCAGACGGUGCACUAUUACUUGAUACAGAUAUUCACAAAACCUUAUGAAUUGCAGCACCCGAUUUGUUACUAAUAAUGUCUUAACACAGAAGUUUAAUGCUUGACGGAAAGACUGCGUGUUCCUAAAAUGGUUCCUUUUCAGUAUGUGGACAGAGCCUCUUAAAGCUAAGGGAGCUUAAUGUGGAAAUUACGGUACCGACUAGCUCCUGUCUUUCAGCUUGAUUGUAAGUGACAUUGCUUGUAACUGUAGAGAUUAUGAUCUGCCCAAAUGGUGUCGGUUUACCAAGGGCUCAGUUAAUUACAAAUUCUUGACCUCCUUAAAAUAAAGUGAGACUGAAACUAAGAAUCAUGCAGGAACCAUUAACAUGGUAAAAAUUGCUGAACAGCCAGGAUUUGACAUUAAAAAGCUUUUAUAUUGUUUCACUGAGCAAUAAAAGAGGCUAUGAAAUGUCUAAAGGCAGAGUUGCUAUUUUCUUCCCCUGUGCCAGACAUGAAACUAAAAUAAAAACAUAUUUCUAAUGUUCUGCUAGAAGGGGUUUAUUUGUACUAGAAUUUAUUUUAAAUAAACAUUUAAUAUACUCAGAGACAUACUUAGAUAAGCUGUUGAGUAGUUUGAUGGAUAGAUUAGUUUGGGGACUGGAGAGGAAGCGCUGCCAGGGAUGUUUUGGUUUGGGGCAAGUCGUAUGAUCCAUUCUGUUAAAUAAACCUCUUUGUGUUGAAUUUGGUCAAAGUUUGACCAGUGGCCAGGUCUGUAUUGCAAACAAGUGGAUUGUUCCUGGGCAGAGCCCAGUGUUGUACUUACUGCAGCUGCCUGCCAGGCAGAGGGCACUCAAAAAGGCUGCUCCAGAAGAAAGGUGUUUGGGGAUCAUGUCUUUCUUUUAUGAGAGUCAUGGAAGCUCACAGCCGGGUCAGACAGAGGCUACUAUGAGAUGUUUUCAUGGCAAUAUGUCUCUGAGUACCCUAAUCUGUGAAAGGCAGCCUUCAGCCUUGCCACUGCCUUUUUCUACCAGCUGGAUUUCUCCCAGGCAGCAGUGAAGAAAAACAUGCAUUUCAGUGGGAGCAAGAUCAAGAUCCUUGGGAACAGCAGACAAUGCCAAGAAAACCUGUGGACAGCUAGUUGAAAACAAUUUUAGUUCAAAUAGUUCUUGCAGGAAUUAGUCUUUCUUUUUUGACUGUCAGAAGGACUAUAAAUAUAUUUUUUCCUAGGAAAGCUAAUUUCUGAGCAUGGUUUCUCAAAAACUGAAGAACAUACAGAAUUUUGCCAUGCAGGAAUGACUAGUACAGUCCAACUGGCUCCUUACUCAACAGCCUUCAUGCAGAGGUCCAGUUUGUUAAUCCCUUUAUCCUGCCAUUCAUGAUAAGUUGGCAAUUAAUCAUCACCAUGAAGACCAUCACUUUGUUUGCAUCCGUUUAAAUGCUUAAAAACUUGCAAAUGGUUUGUAAAGUUGGAAGCUGUUAUCAGAUAGAUAAAAAAUGCAUCCUUUCUGGCCUCUUUUUAAUUCAACUGUCCUUUUCCAGUUGUAUAUUUAACACUUGAAAUAAUUUGAAAGUUUUUAGUGGAUUGGGCAACUAAGUAUUUUGCUCAUGUUUAUUUCAAAAGAAAACCCCAAAAGCUUACCUAAAGGUUUUUAGUACUUUCUGCAUCUUCAUAAUUCUCUCUGGCUUCUUCUUUUCCUUCCAAUUUUCAGUCAUUCUGUUUUCUACUCUUAAGAGAGCUCAAUGUCCUCCUUUGUGAGCUGUGGUAAACUCUGUUCUCCACAGGGCACAAAAGUGCAGGGUCUUGGAAUAUCCUUUUGAGGGGCUUUGUAAUCAUUAUGUGAUGUUGUAAAGUAUUCCAAAUUAAAUGUAGAUCCAUGUUGUUCCAGAUUUUGUCAUCUGAUCUUCAGAGCAAGAGUUUGUGGAUGGUUGGAAGUGUUGAGAAAUAUGAAUACAGCAUUAUAGGGAGCGCAGAGAAUGCUGAUGUUGUGUAUUUCACAUGUGUUACAGCCCAUGCCAUUGUCCCAUUUCCAUAAGAAUGUGUAUACCCAAACUUCUGAAGCUAUCUUCCAUUUGUUCUGUUCUUCUUUUGUUCAUACAAAGUAAAUCUGCUCUGAAAAUAGGAAAUGAUGUAUUGAUUGGAAAUAAAUGUAGCUGUUUAGUUCUACAAGCAUGUAGAUUGUAUGACUGAACCUGCAGAACAUGUUAUUGUCUUUUAACCAACCUCAGGUUAACUGUUUCCCUUAUUUUCAUCAUAAAAGAUAGAUUGAAAGAGCCCACAUUAGAGCAUGUAUUGUUUUCAUAUAGAGAUGCUAUAUCCUUCUAAUUUUAACAGCAACCUCCAUGAUUAGCUAUGUUUUUGCAGCUGCAUGGUGUGUGGUGGAUAAGCAUAUAUGUCCUGGCCUGGAGCAGAGUUGCAGCCAGUGUAGAGCCAAACUGCUUUCAUUUUGAAGAGAGCAAUUCCCCUGUAAUCUCUAGAGGCAGCAAGUCACAGCAGUGUUACUAAGCAGAUUAUGUCUUAAUAUAGGAGGAAGCUUGUCUCAUUGCAUACACAUUUUCACUGUAACUUCGUUCCUCAGCUGGAAUGACAAGAACAACCAUAUAAGAUUUCAGGGAACCAUCUGAUAUUCAAACAAGUAGAGGGUAAAGUCAUGGCUUCCUUAUGAUGGCUCUGAUUUUUCCUUUGUGUAGGCAGAGUAGGGCUCAUCAUCAGGCAUGUCGACCAAACAGGAAAGAAAUCUUGAUUUUUAUCCUGAGACCUUUUUUUCAACAUAACUGUUUCAUUGAUGUUAUUGGCUUUAUUAGUGUGAGAGCAUAAUUGGGGUGCCACACCACUGCACAAACCCAAGACCAGAGUCUUUGACAAAUAUUUUUUAGGUGUCUUCCACUGCCAUUCAGAGCUUUAUGUUCCUGGGUCUUUUUUGUAUUUCAGGCUCAGUUUAAAAACAGGAAGAGUCAUUCAGUCAAUAUCAAAAUGUAGAAAAUAAGCAUUCAUUUCUGAAUCAUUUUUUUCAUACACACAAAAAAAGUCAUAUUCUAAAUGAUAGCAUGAAAUUGCGUUCUACCAUAGCAUCACAUCGUGGGUGGCAAGCACUGGAAUAAGAGACAGCAGGUAGAAACUGAUGCACAGGAAGUUCUACCUGAAUAAGAGGAAGAACUUCUUUACUGUGCAGGUGAACAAGCACUGGAACAGAUUGCCCAGAGAGGUCAUGGAGUCUCCCUCGCUGGAGAUAUUCAAGAACUGUCUGGAUGCAAUGCUGUGCCACAUACUCUGGGAUGACCCAACUUGAGCAGGGAGGCUGGAUCACAUGACCCACUGUGGUCCUUCCAACCUGACCAUUCUGUGAUUCCGUGAUUAAAGAAUUCAUAGUUGUGAUCCAUCAGCAAACUGUGAGCCUUUUCUCCCUCUCUUCCCUCUAAUUCUUCCUGUUGAAACUGUUUCAUAGUCUUGUAAAUCACAGACAAUCAUUGGUUUUAUUCACAAAUGCUACCAUAACAGUUUGGAAAAUCUAUAUUUAUAAAAAAUGUACUCGAUCAACUUACUUUUAACAGGCCAAUAAAGCUUUUAAUUCCAUA